AUGUCCCUUUCGUCUCGACAUUUCUGCAUCGGUCUUGAGAUGGAACCUACUCGCGAGAAGAACGAAGCCAUGCCUUCAGGACUGUUUUCGAAAGCGACGUCGCGUCAGCUCAUUAGUUCCAGCCCAUAUUUACCUUCCAGAGAAUGCAGGUUGGCCAACGACACACCGUGCCAACCCUGCCGUGCCCUCCAGCUCCAUGUCGGCCCACAGUGCAACUCUAUGGCUCAUAUCGAGGAACUUAGAACCUUACGCUCAGAUGUCAACCAAGUACACGACCCCUUUGUUCGCCAUCUUCCUCUCGAGAUCGCCUGCGACAUCUUCGCAAUGUGCUGCCUUCCCGACCCCGACAAGCCUCCAUAUACCAAAUUCGAAAUGUCAGCUCCUCUCAUGCUCGGAGCUGUCUGUAGGACAUGGAGACGUACCGUCUGCGCCACACCCUGCCUUUGGAAUGUCCUCUUCUUCGACCUAUGGUUCGAGGGCUGUGACACCAUCGCUCGAAAGGAACUUUUGGCAGAGUGGCUGCUGCGCUCAGGGCGCCUGCCACUGCAUAUAACGAUCGGGACGAACAAAGUUAUACCAGAAGUGGAGGAGGAGGCCUUGUUCCCACUUGUCGAUGUCCUCAACGCAUAUGCAGACCGGUGGAGGACACUCAAAGCUUGUGCCGCGUUUCCCGGAGUCCUUGCACGCCUGCGAGGCGAUCCAAUCCCUUUGGGUGGCGAGGGUAUUUUGGACCUCGACCUUGAGCUGCACGACGCCGACGAGAUGUGGCCGCUCGUAAUCAACUUGACGUCCAUAACGCCCCACCUCCGCAAGCUGAGGGUUCACCUGGUCGAGAUCGGUUCCCUCAAGAUCAGCUACGACUUCCUAACACACCUCACAGCCGAAUAUCUCAAUGAAGACGAUUGCGCCGAAAUCAUGCGCUGCGCCCCACUUCUCAUCGUCUGCAAGUUCAGGUUCAUGCUCGAAUCAGGCGGCUUUGAGGACGCACAACAACGCGUCGUCGUGUGUCAUAACCUCCAGAAGUUGGUCAUUGAGGAACAUAUUCACGCCCAGCUCGCCUCGUUCUUCCGGAGGAUCCAGCUGCCGAGGUUAGAAGAACUCACGAUCUCGACCUCUGACAGACGGGUACGCCAUCAAAUCCUCGACCUUGCCGCCUUCUUCGCACGGUCCCCGUGCCCUUUGGAAGCUCUUACGCUGGGCGAUGUCGAGUCGGCAGCACAGGAUAUUCGGAAGAUGCUGGCACAAGUGCCGACGCUGAAACGGUUGUCGCUCAGCGCAAGGCAAGAGAGCAACUGGUCAGUGGCCUACGCUCUAUACUCACUUGCGGGUCGCUUCCAACCGGUCACCGUCGAUGACCACUUGGAAUUUUACGCUUCACUGGUGCCCCACCUCGAGUCGCUCACAUGCAGUGCCAACCUCAAAACGUUUUCCUACGAUAUCCUCCCAAAAAUGUUCGGCAUAAAGGCUGGUCAGCAUGGACAUACCGAGAUUCAAGCUUCACUCCGCAACCUUGUUUUGUUUCUCGACGACGACAAGAUUGAUGUUAUGGACCGCGACACGCUUCUGCGCUGCCUGCGUCUAUGCCGUGCCGGGGUCAGGAUCGAGAUUAAUCCUGAUGUCCUCCUCGAUUCUGCGUUACACCACAAUAUCUCAAUGGACUCGGACUCGAUACUACCUUCUAUCUGA